AUGAACUUGGGCAACCAGACAUCUAAAACUGACUUCUUUCUUCUUGGCCUUUUUAACACCAGUGAACUUCAUUAUUUCCUCUUUUCUUUGGCUUUUAUUAGCUUCCUUCUUACCCUUUUGAGUAAUGGCCUUAUGGUCUUCCUAAUAUAUGUAGAAGUCCAACUCCAUACCCCCAUGUAUUUCUUUUUGGGCCAGCUCUCUUUCAUGGACAUGUUGUUGGCAUGUACCACAGUACCUAAGAUGGCUACCAAUUUUUUGUCUGGCAGGAAAUCCAUUUCCUUUGUGGGCUGUGGCUUCCAGAUAUUCUUUUUCCUCACUCUAGGUGGUGGUGAGUGCUUUCUUCUGGCCUUCAUGGCCUAUGACCGCUAUGUGGCUAUCACCAAGCCUUUGAGAUAUCCUACAAUCAUGACGAACUGUGUUUGUUGGUUAAUGGCAGCUACUUCAUGGCUUUUGGGUGUUUUGGAUGGGCUGAUCCAGGGCUUAGUGACAUUAACAUUUCCCUUCUGUGGACUUCGUGUGAUUGAUCAUUUUUUCUGUGAAGUUCCUGCUGUCCUGGCCCUGGCUUGUGCCGACACAACAACCUUUGAGACAGUCAUGUAUGUGUGCUGUGUGGGGAUGCUUUUGAUCCCUUUUCUCAUCAUUCUUGCUUCUUAUGCCCAGAUAUUGGUGGCUGUACUCCAAAUGACUUCAACAAAAGGCAAGAAGAAGGCUUUUUCCACCUGUUCCUCCCACUUAGCAGUAGUCAUACUCUUUUAUGGGACAGUGAUCUCUAUCUACAUGGUGCCCCAUUCCCAUCGUUCGCCUGGGGUAGACAAAACUGUGGCUGCCUUCUACACAUUCUUUAUUCCUACUUUGAACCCUUUCAUCUAUAGUUUAAGAAAUAAGGAUGUAAUGGGCGCUCUGGGGAAACUUCUGGGAAAGAUCAGGCUAUGUCGCAAUGAGACAGUUCAGGUAGUCUGA